AUCUUGCUCUCAUAUAACCCCACUCUCUUUCCUGUCAGAUCGUGAUCUUGGUGAAAUGACUGUUGGGGAAACUUUUGUGCCACGGUGUAAUAUUACGAGCAGGAAGUCAGCUUAACUUUCAGCCUGACUGCAUCAUACAUCCAUCUAAGAGCAAUCGUGCUAAUGUAAUUUACACCAGACUCAGCACAGAUUUAUCCUGCCAUCUACCUUCGUUGUCAUCAGAGCAUCAAUCCUUCUCACCAUGUCCACCCAGACCAUCAAAAACCACUAUGAAGAGGACUACAUGUCUCUGAUGAGAGGCUUGAGAGAGCUGGACCUCCGGGGCCCCUGUGUUCCCAGUGUCCUCAUUCUGACUGGAGAUCAUGCCUUUCCUUUAGCAAUGAACAGUCGAGGCCAGGUCCUGAUGGCUGCCUCUCUGUACGGCCGUGGAAGGAUUGUGGUCCUGGGUCAUGAGGGCUACCUGAAAACCUUUCCUGCUCUGGUAGAGAACGCUCUGACCUGGCUGAGAGGAGAUGGAUCUAACAACUUGUCUGUGGGGGUCCACAACAGUGUCAAGGCAGUCGCUGAUAACCUCAGCAAAUCCAGCCUCCAAGCUAAAGUUGUGGGGGCCUUUAGUAACAAUCUGAGGGUCGGUGUGUAUGUGACUGAUGCCUACAGCGUGGGUGCAGAUGCGAAGGACCUGGUGGCGUUUCUGAAAGCUGGAGGGGGAGUGCUGAUAGGGGGGCAGGCGUGGCACUGGGCUGGAAAUCACCCUAAAGAGAACACGCUGCUUCAGUUUGAAGGGAACAAGGUUUCUGGUGUGGCAGGGAUCUACUUUUCUGAGCACUACGUGGAGGCAGAGUGCCUGCCUGUCCCCCCACAGAUCCCAUCCUCCAUGAUGACUGCAGCACUUGGUAAGUAUUUUGGGGAGGACUUAGAGUUCUUACUCCGUGGGGUCACAGACUUUGACCUCCAGAAUGGGAUAUUAGCUUCUGAGGUUUUGAUCCAUAGCCCACUAGCCUUCCCAAUUGGUAGCACCGAGGAUAGACGAGCGUUCUUGGCAGGAGCCUAUUAUGGACAAGGACGGGUUGUUGUGAUCGCACACGAAGGACUUUUGAGACGAGAGACACUGGCUCAAUUUUGGAACAAUGCCAUUCGUUGGCUGGAUCAAGGCCGCAAAGGGGUCGUUGGUGUGCUGCCAGGCCUCGACCAAGCCUUUAACCUCCUCACCAGGUUAGAGUUUAAUUGCGAGAAGACAAACUUCAGCAGAGACCUGAGUGUAUUUGUGUGCACAGCGUACAGCGGUGACCAUGUGGAGGAAAUCCAAAACUUUGUGGCUGAGGGAGGAGGCCUGCUGAUUGGUGGACAUGCCUGGUACUGGGCACAGAGACACCGUGGGCAAAACCCCAUGACAGAUUUUUCAGGGAAUAAGAUCCUGAACAAAAUGGGUGUGAGCCUGCUGGAAAAGACAAUUGGGGAAGGUUCCUACAAGGCCCCUGUACCGAGCCAGGCCAUCAGAGACAGCUACCAUUUCCGUGACCUUCUACACCGCUUUGCUGAUCAUGUAACCCAGGGGAAGAAACUAACGGAGGAUGAGGAGAAAUACCUUAAAAAACUGGGUGGGGACUGUGCCAGCUACUUGGACAUGAAGUCUCAUGACUCCUACUCCUACGCACAGGUGCUGUCCACCCUCACCAACAUCUUAAAGAAGUCAGGCAUGCCACAGGUGUCUGACAGCUGGCCUGUGAGGAGUCCCAAAGACCACUUCCUCCUCAGUGUGGGGGCAGAGGUGUAUAAUGUUUGCCCAGAUCCUGAUGACCUCCUGCCCUUUGUCAUCAAGCAAAAACCCUUGAUGCCAGUUGUCUACAACCACAAAAUCAAGAUUAAUGCGCGCACAGCAGGAUGGGAGGAGUGGAUCAGCACAGGUCUCUACCUGCCUCCUGGUAUAAAGACCUACGUGGUCAUACCAGCAGAGCUUGUCAACAAAGGAUGGCAGAUCCAGAUAGGCUGUCAGACAGACUACCUGAAUGCUGAAGAGCUGAAGAGAGCACCAUGUGUUCAUGAGCUAUUUCCUGUUACCUCAGAGAUGGUGGAGGUGUGGAACCUGUGGGGGGGACUCAUCUACAUGGUAGCCCCACUCAAAACACAAGAUUUGAAGGGCACAGAGGUCACAGUGCAGAUGGCUGCACUUGCACCAUAUCAUAAAUCUGGUGUGACAACAGCUGCUGAUUGGUCCCUGCUGCGCACUGCUCCUUCACCCUGGGCAGAGUUGGAGUUUGACAACAUCAUCCUAACUGUACCAUCAGAUGUUGUUCGGGACCUGGAGCGCCCUGAUGAGUUGGCGGCGCUCUGGAAUGACAUGAUGAGGGGCGUUGCUGACCUGGCUGUCAUACCACACAAAUUUCCCCGCAAAGAACGCAUUGUAGCAGAUGUGCAGAUUUCCCAUGGUUGGAUGCAUGCAGGUUAUCCCAUCAUGACACACAGGCCCACAGCUUCUGAGUUGGUCAGCACUGAUCAUGCUCGGAGUAAAGGAAUGUGGGGCCCCAUCCAUGAACUGGGACACAACCAACAGAGAAGCUCCUGGGAGUUCCCACCAAACACCACAGAGUGUACAUGCAACCUGUGGUCAGUGUAUGUGAAUGAAGAGGUGCUGGGGAUCAACAGGGCGCAGGCUCAUCCAGCUAUGACUUUAGAAAAACGCAAGCGUCGAGCAGAGGAGUAUGCUAAGGGGGGCAAGAAACUCAGCAGCUGGAAUGUGUGGGUGGCCCUGGAGACAUAUAUGCAGCUCCUGGAUAAGUUUGGCUGGGAUGCCUUUAAGAAGGUGUUUGCUGUCUACCACAAGAUAAUCAUCUUUCCCAACGACAACAAAGGAAAGAUGAACCUGUAUGCUGAGACUUUCUCCCACGCUGUAGGGAUGAACCUGGCUGCAUUCUUUAAGGCCUGGGGCUGGCCCAUAGGAAGGGAUACUGAGGAGAAACUCUUCAGCCUGCCUCCCUGGACUGACCAUCCCAUGGUCCAGUAUGACUGAACUUCAGACUGCUGCUGUUUAAAAGUUUAGAGAAAUGAGUGAGAGGGGUUCAAUGAGUACAACAUUCAUGAUGAAUUAACUUAUCAAUGGGCAAUUCAACUAACUGACGUUCUUUCAUUUUUUGUUCAUCUUGUAUAUGUAUUUAUAUUCAUAUUCAUUACAAUAUUAAAAAAGGAAAUACAUACAGCUUUCAAGUUAGCUACAUUUAAAGUUUUGAUUUUUUUGUUGUUGUUGUUAAUACUUUAAAACCAAAUUCCAAUACCCAAGAGGUCAUUAUAUGGAGGCAUUUUGCUACCUGGUGGUCUUCCUUUUUUAUUUGAAAGAUGAGUAAGAAAAAUUGUUUUAUUUGAAAAUCCAGCAUUAAUAUCUCUGUUGUGGUCAACUCUCACAUGCAGGGACUUCGUAUCUCCUCGCUCGCCUUUCACUUCACUAGUGCUGCACUAACACUGUGACCUGUGCUGUAUUUGGGAGUUAUUUAAUUUCAGAGUACCAGUCAUUUAUAACAAUAAACGGUUUUGCUUCAGGGUCAUAAUAAUAAUAAUGAUUCUCUUAGAUGUGUGGAUGUUUCUUGUAUGAAUUCUUUAGCUGCAUUUUCCACUGGUACAUCAUUUGCUCUAUUGCUAUGUUAAUACCAUAAGUAACAGUCAGUCAUUCAAGAUAUAUAAGAUGAAUACAUGUGUUUACUUUCUCUUCAAUGAUAUUUGCCUUUACUGUCACUGGUAAAUACACUAACAAACAUUUACUUGUCCCCUCUCCUGCUUGUUUUUGUUUACCCAGUUGUUCGUGAAUGAGAAGAGUAAGGGAUGCAUUUACAGCGGGGUUGAAUUACAGAUACUGGAGUUCCAGUAUGUUGGGAAUGAAAUAAGGUCACAAUUAUCUGGUCCAGUGGGAUGAACAUUGAGGUUUAAAAAGGAAGAGACAAAGACCGAUAAUCUGGCAGAGUGUGUCAGUCUGCCUGAAAACUUUUUUACAUGUCUCCUCUUGUUUUCUGUUGGUGAUGCAUGAUAAAAAAAAAAGAACCUGAUCUGACAUCCAUCCAAUUGCUGCAUGUUGACGUGUUUAUGGUAUUGUGGCUCAAAACUGGCUAAAACUUGUGCCACUGUGGAUGUGUUGUGUAAUACUGUGUGAACUGUGGCAUAUUUCCUAAACAAACACGAACAACAGUUGCUGAAAAUUGCCUUGGAAAUUCACUGGAAGUCAGAUGAUGUAUCAGUGAUAUGUAACAAAAUUAUUUCAUUGAUAUGCAACGAUAAAGCUGCAAACUGA